AUGAAGCUUUUCCGCUCCAUGCGCAUCGACGGCAAGGACCUCAACCCAGAAGACAUCGACACACUUAACCCCAACACCAAAAAGGCCGCCGCCGCCAAGAUCGCGGACGAGGUGGAGAAGCUGGCGAAGCCGGUGGAGACCAAGGACCUCCUGGACAUCGCCACCGUGUCCGUGGGGGGCAACGUGGAGAUGGGCAAGAACAUCGCCGAGGUGGGGCCGCCUCCGCGCGCGGCCGACCUUCCCCGGGCCGAGCGCGCGCGCUGCCGGGCGCCGGCCCGCGGCGGUACGCCGCGGCCCGCGGCCGCGGGCGCUGCCGCGGCGGGCGCGGCCCGCGGCCGCGCUGGCCGCGGCGGCGCCGCGGUGCUCGUGCGCGCGCCCGCGGUCGGGGUGCGGGCGCCGCCGGCGGGGCUGCACGGCCGAGGAGGCGCGGCGGGCAGGGAGGCUUUCUUCGGGGCGAACUACGCGGCGCCGAGAGCCGGCCCGGGGCGCUGGGCCGGCGGCGGCGGCGAGGAGGCCGCGGGGGCAGGGAGGGCGGGAGGCACUCCCCGCGUGCCCUUCGAGAUGCACCGGCGCCACCGGGAGAGGCUGCUGGAGCGCCUGCGGCCAGGGCUGGCUCCGGAGGAGCGCGGGGCGUGCCUGGCGCUGUUUCAGGGCGGGCAGGAGAGCCCGGUGUACGACACGGACACCGUCUGGGACUUCAGGCAGGAGAGCAACUUCCAGUGGCUCUUCGGCGUGCGAGAGCCCGGUUGCUCGGGGGCCCUCGACCCCGAGAGCGGGGAGGCGCUGCUCUUCGUGCCCCGGCUGCCCGAGGACUACGAGGCGUGGGUCGGCCCCCGGCGCGGUCUGCAGUGGUUCAGGGACACGUACGAGGUCGACGGCGUCUUCUUCGUCGACGAGAUGGCCAGCGUGAUGAAGGCGCGCGGCGCCGAGAGUCUCCUGGCCUACCACGGGCUGAACCGCGACUCCGGUCUGCGCCUGCCCAGCCCGCGCUUCGAGGGGUGCGGCGACUUCCGGAUCCUGAGCGACGGGCGCCUCUGGGACGCGUUGGCGGAGUGCAGGGUCGUCAAGGACGAGGACGAGCUCGCCAUUCUGCACUUCGUCAACGACGUCUCCUCGGACGCGCACGUGGCCGUGAUGCGGGGGGUGCGCCCGGGCGACCCGGAGUACGUGUCGGAGGCGAGCUUCCGUCACUUUGCUUUCCUUCGCGGCUGCGCGCGGGUGGGCUACCACUGCAUCUGCCCCAGCGGGGCUCGCUGCGGCAUUCUGCACUACGGCCACGCGGCGUUCCCGAACGCCGAGGAGGUGCGCCCCGGCGAGCUGAAGCUGCACGACAUGGGCGCCGAGUACCACUGCUACACGGCGGACAUCACCUGCACGUUCCCAGUGGACGGGCGUUUCACGGCGGCCCAGAGGACCGUGUACGAGGCGGUCUGGGCCGCCACGCUGGCCGUGGAGCGCACCAUGCGCCCGGGCGUCAGCUACUGCGACAUGCACCUCCU